AACUAAUACAUAAAAUACACUUUCUAGUUGUAUUUUAAGUACAAACGGUGCCGUAUAAGAAAUCCUCUUAAACCAGAAGACAUAUAGAUAAUUAAAUUACGUUGUUAUUUUUUUAGACUAUUUGAGAUCAACACAAGUUUUUUAAAUCAGUUUUUUUCAACAAGUUUGAAAAAAUGUUCCUUCUUGACCUUAAAAGAGAGUGCUAUAGUGAUGUCAGUAUUUCCAGUAAUUUUUUGGUAUUUCAUUCAUGUUUAUGCCAGAGAGUCCAUAUUAUUACUUAAUUAGAAAUAAACCAGAGAAAGCUAAGGACUCACUAAAGAUAUUAAGAAGAAAGUAUGACGUCGAAAAGGAAUUUGCCCAACUUACGAUAGACGUACAAAACCAAAUGUCGGAAAGAGGCAGUUUCAAAGACCUUUUUUUCAUACCCAUCAACAGAAAAGUGCUGAUUUUUGUAACACUACUGAGAUUAUUUCAAAUGUUCACCGGAUAUUCCGCAUUCGUCUCCUACAGUCAACUUAUGAUAGUUCAAACGACAAACUUAUCACCAGUACUCGGCUCUUCGUUGAUCAGCCUAGGAGGGAUUUUAGCUAUGAUUAUAGCAUCAACUUUUAUAGACAAGAUCGGACGAAGAACUCUGUUUUUAUCUUCUAUAGUUCUCUGCUUCACUGCUUUGAUAUCAAUGGCGUUAUUUUUAAGUUUGCGUGAUUACACAUCAGUUGAUUUAUCGUCAGUCUCGUUCAUGCCCUUGGUGUUUAUAAUUUUCUACAACAUUGUAUUUUGCGGCGGUUUAGGAUUGGCAGUUAAUAUUUACAUUGCUGAAAUAUAUUCUGCCAAUAUUAGAGCCAAAGGACUGUCAAUAGGCAGUAUAACUUUUGCUAUUGCUAUUAUUAGUACUACAAAAUUGUACCAGUAUACUGCUGAUUAUGUCGGCGCUUCAGUUCCCUUUUACUUAUUCUCUGUGGUAUCGGUGUUCGGGUUUAUUUUUAUUUACUUUUAUUUACCGGAAACUAAGGGUAAAACACUGGGUGUGAUUCAAGACGAGUUAAGAGGGAAAAGAAAUAAAUCCAUUAUUAGUUUAAGUAAUUUCAAGCAAUAAUAAUUAUUAUAAGACUUCAACUCAAAUAAGAAAAGCAACUGAAAAGUCUGUGAUAUUUUAUUAAA